AUGCGCCGCUGGACUCUGCGAGUUCUCCGCGGCCACCGGGGCUACGCAGACUUGCGUCUCUCGACGCUUCGACAUGCUCUGGACACAAGCGUCGACGGCCUGGUCGGCGUGGGCCAGUUGGCAGCUCGCCACAAGGAAGCGUACUUCCCAGUCCCAAAGCCUUUCGGGCUUCACUGCGUGCGUGGCUACGAAGUGCACGAGCUACUGCAAAACUACACGAAUGAGUCGCGCAGCGAUGUGCUGACCCCUUCAGCCUCCGUGGCGGCGCACAGCAGCUACGCCGUGGCGAAUGAGUUUCCCUGGUUUCCCUUCUUAUCUUGCCUGGAGACAUUCCCUGAGGCAAAGGAGGCCGUCGCCAGUGCCAUUCUCCAAGCUCUCCCUGAAGGCAGCAAGCUUGGAAGACGCUGGUGGUUUGCGUACGAAUUGUUCUUCGAGCGCCUACAACAUCCGGACUGGGAUGGGCAGUUCGAGGCCGUGCCGUUCCUGCCGCCGGAACGGUUUUUCUGCACCUCUGGAAGGUUAUCGGCUCGCCAUGGCGUGCUCGACAACUUGCUGGGUGGCAAAGACUUCUGCCCAACUGUCGAGAAGUUCGCCGGCGCCGAAGAGGCUGUUGAGACGUUUCGUGCGGAGCUUAUGGACGUUCUGUCGCCCAUUUGUAUGAUGACCGUCAAGGACUUCUUAACCGAUGCUGGUCUUCGCCAAGGGGCGGCUGUGGAUGAGGAAAAGUGGCAGCGCCUUCUCAGGCAGCUUACGGAAGGAGGCUUGCUCAUGACCGUGGACGAGCGCGCUGAGCUGCGUGAGCAACUGGGUGGCGCGCCAAUGGAUGCAGGUCGCCUUGUCAACUUCGCUUCUUGGCUUCGAGGCGAUUCCGCGCUGGCAUUUCGACUGCGAGAACAUCUCCUCGGUGUCGUGCCGAUUGACCUGCAGUGGCACGCCCCUGGCGAGGUCUUUUUGGACCGGCUUUCGCGAGUGAUCUCCUCGGUUGAGACCCGAGCAUCGCAGCUAUUGGAGGGCGAGCUGCCACCCGAUCGAAAGGAGCGCUUCUUCGUGGAUGCGAUUUCGAAGCCAUGGACUCGCAGCGACGUCGUUGUGAACAUGGAUUUGAUAGCUCGCCUCCAGCAGGGCCUUCUUUCCACGGGGCGGUACGAGGAGGUCCAGAAGACGCAGGUGAAAGGUGAGCCGCGACGCACUACACAGAACUGGAUUUCCUCGGAGAAGCAUGAUGAUGAGUACGGCAAGGAGGUUGUCCUCCACUACUUGCCACCACCUCCGAACUUUCUGCCAGAGCUGUACAAAGGUUACUUCGAGUGUGUCCACAGGAUGUUGGAGGACCCAGACAUGGAUCCGAUCGUUUGUGCCACCAUCGCGAAGAUUGCCCUCAACACGCUCCACCCAAUGGCAGAUGGCAAUGGGCGGGUGCAGCGGAUGAUCUUCCAGCUGGUGCUCUUUAGGUUCAACUUCCUCCCGCGAGUGAACAUCCCCGUGUCUGUGGUAAUGCUGCAGGAUCGUACUGGCUACGAGGUGAUGCAGCAAGGGCACGUGGACCAGAUCAUGGCAGGUCUGAAGCAUCAUCGGCUUCGACUGCCUGGAGAGGACGAGGAUUCGUUUCAGCACAUCGAUCCCAAAGAAGGUCUCAGGGCCGUCUACAAGUACCAGGACUUCACCUUUGCUGUGAGCUGCAUGACGAAGCUGAUGCAGAACACACUGCCAGUGCUCGCAGCGAAGGCCUACUUCCUUCGUCGUUUCGACUGGCGCGUGGACGAGCUGCUCAAAGACGAUGCAUUGCUGCCACCAAGGGCAGCCACCAAGAUAGCCAAGACCUUCAAGAACGACGCGACGCGUGGAGUGUCCUAUGCAAAGGUUCUCAAGCUGAUCUUCUUGGACGGCUGGUGGAUCGGCUUCCGCAGAAUUGGACACUUUUUGCGCACUGCUGCCCAUCCAGAUGAUCUCUUCGGCUAUCGGCAGUUUCGGCGCCGCCUUGCAGCUGUUCUUGAGAGGUCUCACCGCCGCCGGUUUCUGAUGUCUUCGGGUCAGCAAGCACAGCAAGACAAAAUCCUCGCGCAAGCACGAUCCAAGGACUCUACAGGUCGUGUGCGUUGGGUAGCGGUCUCGCUGGAUAAGUUCUACACAUCCGAGACGGCCCUGCGGAGGGUUGUCGAGCGCUCAGUUCCUGGAGAUGCAGUCAUUGCCAUCCACUAUCCGAACAUGGCCGCGGACCUGGUUCCCGAGGGGCUCUUCCCCGA